CUACAUGUGAGUCGCCUUUUGCACCACGCGCCGUCGGUGAGGAGAGACGGAACCGGCGGGGAGAGGCGACGUCACGCAGCCAACUAACAACCGAAACACCCGACCGAGCGGAGAAAAGACCGAGAGAGAGCGCGAGAGUGAGUGAGAGUGAGAGAGCGCGCGCGCGAGAGGAGACGGCGGAGACUGAUCCAGGUGCCGAAGCGAUUAGAGAGCAGGGAAGAUGGCGGACGAUCCGAGCGCAGCCGACAGAAACGUGGAAAUCUGGAAAAUUAAGAAGCUCAUCAAGAGUUUGGAGGCUGCUAGAGGUAAUGGGACCAGUAUGAUUUCGCUGAUCAUCCCUCCUAAAGAUCAGAUCUCCAGAGUGGCCAAGAUGCUGGCUGACGAGUUUGGCACGGCUUCCAACAUCAAGAGCAGAGUCAACAGACUGUCUGUACUGGGAGCCAUCACCUCUGUACAGCAGAGACUCAAACUCUACAACAAAGUGCCCCCAAAUGGUCUGGUAGUUUACUGUGGCACCAUUGUGACUGAAGAAGGCAAAGAGAAGAAAGUCAACAUUGACUUUGAGCCUUUCAAACCCAUCAAUACCUCGCUCUAUCUCUGUGACAACAAAUUUCACACUGAGGCUCUGACAGCAUUGUUGUCCGACGACAGCAAGUUUGGCUUUAUCGUGAUCGAUGGUAGCGGCGCACUAUUCGGGACCUUACAGGGCAACACUAGAGAGGUGCUGCACAAAUUCACAGUGGACCUACCCAAAAAACACGGUCGUGGAGGACAGUCUGCGCUGCGUUUUGCACGAUUGAGAAUGGAGAAGAGACAUAACUACGUGCGUAAGGUGGCCGAGACGGCGGUGCAGCUUUUCGUGUCCAAUGAUAAAGUCAACGUAGCUGGCUUGGUGUUGGCUGGUUCAGCAGACUUCAAGACCGAACUCAGCCAGUCUGACAUGUUUGACCCGAGGUUACAGGCAAAGGUGCUGAAGCUGGUGGACAUUUCUUACGGAGGAGAGAAUGGUUUUAACCAGGCCAUUGAGCUAUCGGCCGAGGUCCUCUCCAACGUCAAAUUCAUCCAGGAGAAGAAACUAAUAGGUCGCUAUUUUGAUGAGAUCAGCCAGGACACGGGGAAGUACUGUUUCGGUGUGGAGGACACGCUGAAGGCCCUGGAGAUGGGAGCAGUGGAGAUCCUCAUUGUUUACGAGAACCUGGACACCAUGAGAUACAUCCUACGAGUACACGGGGCUGAGGGCAACGGAGCAGAAAACGAUGAGAAGACCAUUUAUUUGACACCUGAGCAAGAGAAGGACAAGUCCCACUUCACAGACAAGGAGACGGGGCAGGAGCACGAGCUGAUUGAGUGUAUGCCGCUGCUGGAGUGGUUUGCUAAUAACUACAAGAAGUUUGGAGCCACGCUGGAGAUCGUCACAGACAAAAGUCAAGAGGGUUCGCAGUUCGUGAAGGGAUUUGGAGGAAUUGGAGGUAUCUUGCGGUACAGGGUGGAUUUCCAGGGGAUGGAAUACCAGGGAGAAGACGACGAGUUUUUCGAUUUGGAUGACUACUAGGUAGUCUGAGACUGAAACGAAAAGCAAAAUGAAAAAGAAUGAUAUGGAGAAAAAAAAAUCCAGAAAGGAGUAUCUUUCUUUUACAGCAAGCGAGUGUGUGGACCCUAAUUAACCACAAACACACACAAAACACACACACAUACAGGCAGUUUCAGAAGCUGAGGAGGAAUUAACUGUCUGUCAAUCAAAUGAAGGACAGCGCCCUUCACGAAUAACAAAUCUGCUCCUGCCUUAGAGCGCUCUGAUUGGAUAAGACUUUGCCUCAUUUUGUUUAUUCUUUCCCUUUUGAAUUCAAGAAGUGACAGCACGUGCCCAUGAUGUAACUCAGCCCAACAAAGAACCAUCUCUGGACUCACUCCUCUUAUAAAGAAAUAUAUAUUUUUCUUUAUAUCCCUCUCCCUCCCUCAUAUUUUUUUUCCCCAUCAACCUAUCCUUACCUCUCUGGGUCCUUUUUGCAUUUCCCUAUUUUUUUUUUUUGUUUUGUUUUUUUUUUUACUGGCAAUUGCUGCUGCUGUGUUUUAUGAUGACAGUGUGGGAUUUUUUUUUUUUUUUUUUUUUUUUUUUAACCUGGGUUUCUGUAGCGAAGGGGGAGGGGGGACAAAAAAGUAUUAAAUUUGAAUUGCUAAAAUCCAAUAUCCAUACAUGUGACCUGAUUUGUUAUUGUUUUUUUUUUUGUUUGUUUGUUUUUUUUUUUUCCCCCUGGAGAGAGAAGGAUGAUGGCAUUGGUUAUCAACAUAAAAUACUUUGUCAAUCUUUGUAAGGCUUUUACAGUGCUUUCCUUUCUUUUUUUCUUAGUCAAGAUGGAGAAAUUGUUUGCUUUGCGAGUCCUUUGUACUCAAGUCAUGCUGAAAGGCAGAUUUGCUCUGAAAUCACUCGUCAUGAGCCUGAAAAUGGGUGUCAAAGACUUUAAUGAACGAAGGAUCAGCGUUCGUUUUUGUUUCACAUCAGAUUGUAUAUUACCCUGGAGUUGUAUUUAGCCAAAGCUGAUAUUGCCAAUGACCAAUAUUACAUACGGGACUUUUCUUGUCCAAACUUGAUGAAAUAAACAGAAUCCCUCUGAAGCAGUUAGUGGCAUUCAGUAGGGUUUCCAAUAAAACAAAUACAUGUGAAUGAUCAUAAGCAAGCUGAACUUGCAGCAGUUUUUUUGACCUGUGCUGCCUCCUUUGGCAAGGUCUGCCCAUCAAAAAACUACUGUACAGUUGAAAUUGCGUGAGAUGCACAUAUCCCAAACUCUCCACCUGUAAUCAUGGUGUCAUUCAUGAUAGAUUGGCGUCUGUUAAAGUGUUAUGAUUGUGCACCAUUUCAGUUACACUAAGCCAGGGUCAUUUUUCUAAGAAGCUAUUGUGCUGAGGACUGGAUUUCUUUUCCACGCGUCAUUUGCGUGUUCUUUAGCAACUGAUGUCUGUCCUGAAGCUGCUCAUGAAUGAAAAAUGAAGCGCACUACGUUUCCAUCUA